GAACAUGCUGACACACGUUUUAUUUGCGAAAACAGGAAACUGUGUGUCAUAGCUUACAGGACAGCGUCCAGAACAUCCUUACUGCAGUUUUGACGGAGAUCUGCUGUCAGACCUGUCACCGAUGCCAUGAUGCCAGCUUGGCAUUCAAACCUGGGCUGGCUCAUCUUUCUCUGCUUCCCAUUGAGGGGCAUAUUGAGUGUCUGUACCACCGAGAGUGACAGUGAGUGCAGGACUGUCAGCUUUGUGCCAGGGUCCCGCUUGGCUGGGGAUGGCUAUGAUGUGGUGACCCUGCAGCCCAAGGGUGCCUUUGUGAUCGAUGUGAACACCUGGCGCUUCACCAACGGGAGCUGUACCCUCUGCGACAAUGGGCAUCUCAGUAACGUGCGCCAGCGACUGCCCGUCUCACUGGUGGACUGGCGUACCAUGAGCUCCUGCCAGCGCUCGCUCUCCAGCCAGCUCUACCAUUCAGCUGCCAAACUGUCAGAGUCUGCCACAUCGGCCAUCACCAACGACUGGCAAGCUGACCUGCUCAUCCUACCCGAAAUGAGCACGCAAGUCAACUGGGUGCUGGCUGGCUCCAAGUCGAAGCUGGUGACUUUUGGCACGACCCAUUCCAAGAGGGAUCGCCACAGUUUCAGCAGUCACCAGUUCCAGUGCCUAUACUACCAGUACCGGGUGAAGGAGAACCCUAAACUGGCGCCGGAGUUUGCCAAUUCCAUCUCCCGACUCCCUGACAUCAUCAACGAUGACACCAUAUACUGGUACAGGAAGCUGGUGGCAACCUACGGCACCCAUUACAUCAAGGCAGUGGAGCUGGGUGGUAGCUUCAAAGACGUGACAGCUAUUCCAACAUGCCAAGUGGCAUCUAAGGGCUACACUGCUGAAGAGGUUAAGGACUGCCUGUCAAUGGAGGCCAGUGUCAUGGUGGGGUUAAUUGCAAGAGGCUCAUUUAGUGACCAGAAGUGCCGGCAGAUGGCACGUGCCAUGAAGCACCAUGAUAAUGUCUACCAGGCCUUCAGUGACCGGGAAGUGGAGUUGAAUGGGGGCCAGACCAAGCAGAGCGCUGACCUCUUGUUCAACAAGGAUGGCUCAGCGUUCACUCAAUGGAUGGUCACCCUACCCACCCACCCAGGCAUGGUGCGCUAUGCCCUCGCACCUCUCCACCACCUGCUUCCCAAGAAUGAUCCCAGGCAUAAGAACCUGAGGCGCUACAUCAGCUAUUACAUUGCAGUUAGUGCCCUCAACCAGCAAUGUGGGAUGGGGACACAGUGCCCACAUGGCUCUUACCGUGAUCCGCAUCAACCAUGCACAUGCAUGUGCCAUGAGGACAGUCACGUGGACCGGAACUGCUGUUCCAAAGAGAAGGGGCUGGGCCACCUGGUGGUCAUCGUCUUAAAGGGGCAGGGUCUCUGGGCGGACUACUUCUCUGCCGCUGACAGCUUUGUAGUGGUCAAGUAUGGCCAGAAGUCGAGCAGGACCUUUGUGAGCUAUGACAACAACAACCCCGUGUGGAACGAGAAACUGGACCUAGGUCACGUCAAUGCCGAGAGCAGUCAGAAUCUGAUCUUUGAGGUCUGGGAUGUGGAUGUCAAAUAUGAUGACCUCCUGGGCACUUGCAAGGACAGACUGACCUCUGGUGAGUACAUCAUCAACUGCCCCCUCCACUAUGGCUCUGUGAGCUUAUUCUACAGCUUCACCUGUGGCCCUCACCUGGAUGGCGAAACCUGUCAAUAUUAUAAACCUCGCCCUGCCAACUAGCCAAUCAGCAAUUAACUGGGCGUUGCAUUCAGCACCAUCCUUCUCAAUACGUUACUGCCAACCCUUUUGGAAACAACAAACCUCAUUGUGUAUUUUUCCUGAACCUAUCUAAUGAUAGCACCUUUCUCAGACUGCAUAAUGGCUACAUCAUCGUGGGAGGCUCAGUGCUAUUACAUCGAAAUACUUUGAAGGCUUUUUCCAACCAUGCAAGCAGCGCCCCACAUCAGGAGGUGCAACUAUGCUGUUUUCUAAGCAGAUUUUUUUAGUCUUAUAUUUUUUCAAUAAAUCCAACUCAACAGCA